CGUGCAGCAACCUCGGUGGCGGCGGCAGCGGCUUUUUUUCCUCUUUAUAAGCACCACCGCGUUGCCCGGAUGUGAAUGGAUUACAAUGUCUCGUUCAGGGGAACGUAUUACUAUCAAUUUCUCCGUGGGGGAGUCAGUGAUGAUGAUGAUGGUGAUGAUGAUGAGAAGGAUGAGAGAUCUGUAAAGUUGGAACAAGUUUAAGGCUUUUUUUUUUUGGUGGGGUUAAUCUUUUUGUUUUUAAAAGACCAGAGGGGUUAAAUCGCUCUGCCACCGAGAUUUUUUCCAAAACAGUUUAUUAGCAGCCAUGUGUUUCUAGCGAAAGACACGGGGGAAAGUUGUCGGAUCUUCCUUUUAUAUUAUCGUUUUGUUGUGAUUUUUUUUUGGCUGGCUUUUAAUUUUGCAUUAUUUUGGGUGGGAGGACUUUUGAAUGGCUUACGGUGGAUAUAAUCCAAAACAAAGCCAACCCCCCUUUCUCGGUGUAAAACUGAUUUAAAUUCGUGGAAUAUUCUCUGGAUCAAGACUGAGUGCGAGUUAAAAACUACUUUUUUGAGGGUCAAACACACGUGAGAUUUAAAAAAAAAAAGCACCUUUGCAGAAGAUUUCUGUCACUUCUUCCCCCCAAUAUCUUUCCUUGGAAUAUUGUGAACUUAUUUGUGGCCAUUUAAGGUUUGUGUGAUUUUGCUAAAAUGCAUCACCAACAGCGAAUGGCUGCCUUAGGGACGGACAAAGAACUCAGUGAUUUACUGGAUUUCAGUGCGAUGUUUUCACCUCCUGUGAGCAGUGGAAAAAAUGGACCAACUUCUUUGGCAAGUGGACAUUUUACUGGCUCAAAUGUAGAAGACAGAACUAGCUCAGGGUCCUGGGGGAAUGGAGGACAUCCUAGUCCAUCCAGGAACUAUGGAGAUGGAACUCCGUAUGAACAUAUGACAAACAGGGAUCUUGGAUCACACGACAAUCUAUCUCCUCCAUUUGUGAAUUCCAGAAUACAAAAUAAAACAGAAAGGGGCUCGUAUUCAUCAUACGGGAGAGACUCAAACUUACAGGGUUGUCACCAGCAAAGCCUUCUCGGAGGUGACAUGGAAAUGGGCAACCCCGGAGCGCUCUCACCCACCAAACCUGGCUCUCAGUACUAUCAGUAUUCUAGCAAUAACCCGCGAAGGAGGCCUCUGCACAGCUCCUCUGUGGAAGUACAGACAAAGAAAGUUCGAAAGGUUCCUCCAGGUUUACCAUCUUCAGUUUAUGCCCCUUCUGCAAGCACUGCCGACUACAAUCGGGAUUCACCAGGCUAUCCAUCCUCAAAACCAGCAGCCAGCACUUUUCCUAGUUCAUUCUUCAUGCAAGACGGUCAUCACAGCAGUGAUCCGUGGAGCUCCUCCAGUGGGAUGAAUCAGCCUGGUUAUGGCGGGAUGUUGGGCAAUUCUUCUCAUAUUCCACAAUCCAGUAGCUAUUGCAGUCUUCAUCCACAUGACCGCUUGAGCUACCCAUCACACUCCUCCGCAGACAUCAAUUCCAGUCUUCCUCCAAUGUCUACUUUCCAUCGUAGUGGAACGACCCAUUACAACACUUCUUCCUGUACACCACCUGCAAAUGGAACAGACAGCAUCAUGGCAAACAGAGGAAGCGGAGCUGCUGGAAGUUCACAGACAGGCGAUGCGCUGGGGAAAGCACUUGCAUCUAUCUACUCUCCAGAUCACACCAACAACAGCUUUUCAUCAAAUCCUUCAACACCCGUUGGUUCUCCCCCUUCUCUCUCAGCAGGCACAGCUGUUUGGUCUAGAAACGGAGGGCAAACAUCAUCAUCUCCCAAUUAUGAAGGUCCCUUACACUCUUUGCAAAGCCGAAUUGAAGACCGCUUGGAACGACUGGAUGAUGCUAUUCAUGUUCUCCGAAACCAUGCAGUGGGACCUUCAACAGCCAUGCCCGGUAGUCAUAGCGACAUGCAUGGAUUAAUAGGACCCUCUCAUAAUGGAGCCAUGGGAGGUCUUGGGUCAGGAUAUGGGACAGGCCUUCUUUCAGCCAAUAGGCAUUCGUUAAUGGUUGGCGCUCACCGUGAGGAUGCAGUUGGUCUCCGUGGCAGCCAUUCGCUUGUGCCAAACCAGGUUCCCGUUCCACAGUUGCCAGUGCAGUCUGCCACAUCUCCUGACUUAAACCCACCACAAGAUCCAUACAGAGGAAUGCCCACUGGACUACAAGGACAAAGUGUGUCUUCAGGAAGCUCUGAAAUCAAAUCUGAUGAUGAGGGAGAUGAAAACCUCCAGGACGCAAAGUCUUCUGAUGACAAGAAGUUAGACGAUGACAAGAAGGAUAUCAAAUCAAUUACUAGGUCAAGAUCUAGCAAUAAUGAUGAUGAAGAUCUUACACCCGAGCAAAAGGCAGAACGCGAGAAAGAGAGAAGGAUGGCCAACAAUGCCCGCGAGCGCCUCCGUGUACGUGACAUCAACGAGGCUUUCAAGGAGCUGGGCCGGAUGGUACAGCUUCACCUGAAGAGCGACAAGCCCCAGACCAAACUCCUGAUCUUACAUCAAGCCGUAGCUGUUAUCCUCAGCUUAGAGCAGCAAGUUAGAGAAAGGAACCUGAAUCCUAAAGCAGCAUGUCUGAAAAGAAGGGAAGAAGAGAAAGUAUCUUCGGACCCUCCUCCACUUUCAUUGGCAGGGCCCCACCCUGGGAUGGGAGACACAUCUAAUCAUAUGGGACAGAUGUAAAAAAAAAAAAAAAGGUCCAAGUUGCCACAUUUUCUUCAUGUAAACCAGAGACCACUUCCUUAACAGCUGUAUUAUCUUAAACCCACAUAAACACUUAACCCCCCCUUUUUUGUAAUAUAAUAAGACAAGUCUGAGUAGUUACGAAUCACAGACGCACGAGAUUUUCAGCAUUCCCGAUUACGAAACGAAAAAGAAAAGUGCAACUUGAGAGACUCCUCUCUUCAACAUAUCAUUCAGAAUGUUUCGAGCAGUAUGUCAGGAGCUGUGAAUGCACAGCCAAGAGACUGAAUGGCAAUCUUCUCCACACUGUGGGACAAUGCAUUUGUGCCUAAACUUCUUUUGGAAAAAAAAUAUAAUUAAUUUGUAAGUCUGAAAAAAAAUAUUUAAUUUAAAAAUUGUAAACUUGCAAUAAUGAAAAGUGUACUUCUGAAGAAAAAAAAAUGAACGUUUUUGUUGGUGUACUAGUCCGCUAGUGUUUAUACUUACUGGAUAUUAAAAAGGGAAGCAUUGCUGCCCACAUAUUUACAAAACCAGCAAAUGUCCUAAUGAAAACUGAAGUGAUGACAUUAGCCAUUCCUUAGGGUAGGAGGAACAGAUGGAUCUUAUAGACCUAUGACACACACACACACACACACAUAUAUAUAAAUAUAUAUAUAUAAAUAUAUAUUAAAAUUAGUGAAUAUGGUAAGCUUUUGUUCAUUGGUUUCAGACUUUUUUGCUCCUGUAAAAAAAAAAAAGUACUGAUUAACUUUUUUAAAAAAAAUAUUUUACUGUAAAUAGGGAUUUUUGGUCUUAUUUCUCUCCCACUCCCUCCUUUGUUCUUAUUGUAACCUGUAGUGCCAACUCUGUUGCUGGAGGGGCAGAUCAGGACGAAACGCUGACCCUGAUGUUGCUUAUCAUUCAUAAAUAAGUAGAGAGUUGUUUCUUCAGUCUUUGCGGGGGGAGAAUACAGGAACUGACAAGUCACGUCAUAUGCAGAUAAACUGCAAACAACGUUGCCGAGACUUGGUCCAGACCGUUUGGGGGCUGUCGUAAAUGUUGCUCUCAUUAGACCCUAUUUCUGGGAUUUUUCAGAGGUACAAGGUUAGAAUGCUACAAUGUUACCACUGUGCCUUCCAAUGUUUAUAUCAUCGGAAACAUAACAUAAUCAAAGGUGGCUGUGAAUUAACAAACCAGUUGAAGUGUUAACUUGAUGUGUGUAGCCUAAAUACAGUAUGCAGUGAGGCGUUUCAGAAUACAUGGUCAGAUGGGGUGGGGGUGGGGGUAGAAGGGGUUCAAAUGGGAAAAUUGCAAGUUGUGUGACAGGUUUUUUUUUUUAAAUUAAGUGGAUUACUGAAAAGUAGACCAUUUGCUGCCUCCUCUUUAAUUCAUGAAAAAAAUGCCAAUAUUCAAUUGUCAUGAAGCAUUAGAACAAGCCUUACCGGUUCUAAAGCAUUAAGUUGCACUUUCUUGAGGAGGGGGAGUAGAACAGUAUUUCUCUGGCCAGUAUGAAUCAAGUUUUUUGCAUAACAUAUAAAAGAGUAGGCAUAGAUCAAACCUAUGGCACAGCAACUCAUCCGAAAACUAGCUUUGAAAUUUUGGGCUCAACAGAACCGAUAUCCAUAGCGAUUCUUCUAAUGAUCGACUCUGGUGUAUAGAACAAUUAUCAAAUAGUGCUCCCAAUUAAGUCUUUGUCAGCAUCCUUUUGUCUCCAGUUCCAGCUUCUGCUUUUUUUUUUAACAGCCACGCAAACUUGGCAUGUAUUUUUAAAUGAAAUCUCCCUGUUUGAGUAGAUUUUUUUCCACCUAUCAGCACUGAGUAAAUGCCAUAAGUCCAUUGAAAACGGUCUAGACAUUCCAUCUGUUCUCCUGUUUUGCCAGUUACAUAGUAAUGAAAAAAAUGCAUUUGUAAAUUUUAUGCAACAAAAUGGCAAACGUAUCAUUUAUUUUGAAAUGGUGUAUGUAAAAGUUAUAUUUUUACAUGUAGACUCUUGUUAUUAUGUGUUUUAAUACAUUGUAUCGGUUUUUUGUUUUUUUUUAACUGUGGUUGAAACAAAAUCUCAUUUAAAUGAAAUAGUGAGAUACAAGGAUCUGAAUUUUAUGUUUCUGAAAAACAUAAAGAACAAAUAUGAUAGUUUACCAUGUGAACCACCCUCUGCAUAUCCAUAAACAUUUUGAUUAGCUGUGUGUGCGUGUUGAAAAUUGUAAAUAUGUUCAGUAGCAGUAAAGUUAAAAUGCUUUUUUUAAUUUGUUAAUAAGUUUCUCAAAUGUGGAGGUGGAUUAAAACCAUUAUGAAUAAAUUUACAAUAGAGCAUAGUCCAUGUUAGUUUAAGUGAGAACGACAAAUGCGUAUUCCACUGAAGAACUGGUACUUUAAACCAGCCUUGUUUAGAUAAAAAUGGGUGUAUUAAUAUUCAGGACUGACUCAAGGAUUCUCCUGUUCUCAAGCAUGUUAUUGCUUAACAUUUUGAAAAGUCCCUAAAAGUUGUUAGGGGGUUCAGGAUCUGCUCAAGCCAGCCAGUUCUGCCUCUACUGCCAUUUAUGUACAGUAAUGUCAAGGUUUCAGCAAACCAACUGGACUUUUAAAAGUGUUCAGUUUUGUCCACAGAGAUUGUAAAAAACUGAUGUUCUGAUAUAUGGAAAUCAGAAAACAAUUAAUACGAAGAUAAUUGAUGGGGAGCAAAUGCAAAUUCAGAUAAGCAUGAAUUUCCUUUAUUAGUCCACCAGCUGGAUAUAAUUAAUCCUUUAAAGGUUCCAAGAUCAAAGAUCACUCUGUCACAUAAUCAUGGUGUGUCAUGGUGAUAAAAGCUUGUAUCCCCCCCCCCCCCACUCCUUCAAUACAUGCUAUGGGCUAAAUGUGGCUAUAAACUGUGAUUUUGAUCUACCUAGAGCCAAGAAAAGGUUAGUUAUGUAUAGAAUGGUAAUCCUGUGAGUAUAAAUGUACAGAUGGCUUUUGUUCCAUAAUGCAAUUUAAAUUUGAAAACUGGCCUAUCAGUUGUACUGCUGGUUGGUUUUUUCCUGCAUGAAUGCAGCAAUGGAGAUUCUGUCCCCAAGAAACCAGAUAGCAAAGCUCGUGCCCGUGUCCUCAGUGGCAUUUGUUGCUCGUUAGAGAUGGUGGUGGGUCAACGAUAAUGCUCCAGCGUUGUGCAGUAACAGGACCGAGCAUCUCCUCAGUAGAAACCUAUCAGGCUUUUAGUGAACGAUCCACCUCCACAUUAAAGUAAUUUAUGAAUAUGCUCAUUAGGGAAAUCUGUUCAUCAUCUAGAACUUUUUUUUUUACAUUUGUCUUAUGUGUAGCUGCAAGGAACACUAAUGUUUUUACAACUGUCAGUUCUACCAGUGAUGCAACUUGUACCGAUGCAGUCUUCCGAUUUGUUUUGUUUGUUAAUUUCAUUUCAGGGGGCGGGAAGGGGGGAUGGAGUGGGAUGGAAUUUGCAAGUUUCAUCUUUCUUUCUGUGAUGGGCACGAUACAAUUUGUGCCGAAGAGUGAACAAUUCUGUACAUUGCCAGGAACGAAGAGAAUUCAUCGGGGGAGGAAAAAGCACAAAUAAAUUAUACUUAGUCCACUAAAUGACUUGAGAAAACAAAAAAGUUGUCAUAAAGAUGGAAUAAGAUGAAUUCCAAUACAGUGGGGCACACCAGGACCUUUUCGGCUUCUUGUUUUGUUUUCGUUUUAUUUUUUAAAAAAAUAUUCUUUCUCAUGGGACUUGAAGUUUAUUCACCUUUGUGCAGUGCUGGUUUGACCAUACUCAUUUCAAGUAUUAUAGACUUCUGUAAUGGUGAAAAUAUAUGAACUGUGGCCUUUUUCAUUCUUGUUACUUGUGAUGCAACUAAGUGAAGAUAAGGAAAAAAAGCAGAGAUUUACCAUGUAUCAGUGCCUGGCUUUUUGUUACAAAGCUUCGUUUGUCUAGUGACCUUUUUGCUAUAAAAUAGACUGUAGUACACCCUAGUAGGAUAAAAGAAAACCCUAAAUUUAAAAAUAAAAAAAUAUAUUUGGCUUA